UCGGAAAAAUGUCUACACCUGCAGUUAGGUGGAAUAAAGCCUUCAUUUGGAAACUUUAUUCCACUUGACUGAAAACCUAGCUGGGCUGUUUCGUUUAUUAAUAACUAUAUAUUAUCUUAACGAAAUUCGCUUCUUUCCAGGUGCAUGCUUAUCGCAAGGAUAAUACUGCAUCGGAAAUGUAUGACAAGGACAUCUUUUUAAUGCAGGUUUGGUUUAAAUCUGAUUUUAAAACUAAUUAAUCGUUCAUGAGCAAAAGACAAAGGAAAUCACGACCGCGUGUUUGUGGUUUAAAAUCUGGUUUCCAUCUGGUCGUAAUGUUCGAGUCACGAUCUUUCUCAACGGCCAGUUUAUAACUUAUAAUAGUUUAUACCUGUUAACCACAUAAAUCAUAAGUAUUCUCUAGUUUUUUUUCUGUGUUGGUGCUAAUAUGUAUUCAAGUGAAUAUGAUGUUUGUGAUGUUAUACUCUGAGUGAGUGUAUAUAUAUACACACCGGAGUGGGGUGAUUGGUGGAUAUACAUACGGAUAUACACUCAGAGUAACUGAGCGUAUAUCCACACAAGUGGAUAUACAACUCAGAGUAACUACUGAGUGUAUAUCCACACCGGAGUGGGGUGAUCGUCCGGUGUGGAUAUACAAUACGCGGAGUUAUUGUCCGCGGUGUGGAUAUACACACUGAGUGUAUAUCCACACCGAAAAAUCACUCCGCGUAUUUUCAGUUCUAAAAUGUUGUAUUUCGGCUGAUGAGAAAUAUCGUGACUCAAUCUUUACGACCGUUAGGACCCUAUGGAGAUUGGGUUUAUAUGUGAUAAAAAAUCAUGUUAAUUCACAUCAACUUUUAGCUUUGAUUUUCUCGGCUUUGACAAUUAACGUUGCUUUUUAAAAUUACUUCGCCAGUGAAUUCAUCAGAUGGAUCGUUGUUUUUGAGCCAUUUAAAACACCCGCAGUUCGUGCUUUAUCAGAUAUAAGACACUCGAAUGUCGCCUCGUUUUUAUAUCUGAUAAAGCAUUACUGCUCGCGUUUUAAGUACUUAUUCUCUUACGAAUUAUAAAUUCUCUCAUUUUUAUACUGUUCCGGAUAUUAUUUUAGUAAUUGUUUUCUAUAUUCUUUCAGGUUUUAUUAUCCUGUAUGGACAAAGACUACUUUCUCCAUGUUGUUUUAGAAAUGUUUAAACUGCUGCCUUGGUCAUCGUAUGUAUAUUUAACCUCCUAUUUUUUAAUUUUGUACAAUAUUUCAAUUCCGACUAUGAGGACUGGACUAGAUUUCAAGUCCUCGCAAUUGGAUCAAAAUGCGAGGACUGGAAAUCUAGUCCAGUCCGAAUUGGAGGAUUUGAAUCGGACAUCUCAUGCGAAUAAAUUACUACUUAAUUAAUUUUUAUCCAGUUCAAGGACUGAAUUAAUUUUGAUCCGAUCCCAAGACUGGAUCAAUGUCAGAAUACCUUACAAAAGAUUGUCAGAAUACCUUACAAAAGAUUGCUAAGCCUUGCUCGAAACUGUACCACUUGUUGCCGUCAAUUCGCGGAAACGUCCAUCAUGGACAGAGUUUGAGAAAUAAUAAUCAAUUAUCGCUUCCCAAAUGUAGAACUGAGAGGUUUUAAGAACAGUUUUAUCCCGGCAAUGUGCUAUAGUCAAGUUGACGUAUAGGCCUUUAUGGUCUUAACUUUUAUAUUAGGUUUUAACAUUUAUAUUAGAUAUAUAGUAAUUCAUAUUUUAGUAUAUUUUUGUAAAUUUUAGUAUAUUUCCAUGUAUAAGCAGCAUAUCGUAAUUCAUUUUCAAUGCGAUAAUAUGCAAAUAAACCAUUAAUAAUAAUAAUAAUAAUAAUGAUAAUGAUAAUGAUAAUAAUAAUAAUAAUAAUAAUAAUAAUAAUGAUGAUAAUGAUAAUGAUAAUGAUAAUAAUAAUAAUAAUCAAUAUACUUCAACAGGUAUCCAGUAUUAUCGUGUGAGCAAAAUAAAGCAGUAUGGUUGGCUAAUUUACUCAUGAAUUAUUAAUGAGUUUGAGAUAUUUAAAUAGCCGUAAAAAUGUUCUAUUGCCUGUAUUAGAUGAUGUAUUUCUCUUAAGUCAAGAGGAGAAUCUUUUGUAUGUUACGUAACGCGCGCUCAGAACUAAUGAAUAUAUACUUUUUCACUUGCAUGGUUAGGACUAUAUUCAAUUUUUAAAUUUUUUUUCGUUUCACAAGUGGCAAACAAACUUAAAAAGUAUGUUCAGCGCUUUAUCUGUAAAAUUAUGCUAAGAUGACGAGAUUUUAGAUGGUACGCCAAACAGAAAAUGAUGUUUGAACUUUGAAGUUCAGUAAGUUUUCUUAUAUUGCUGUAUAAAUACGGCGUCAAUUUUACAGCUUCAAUGAUAAUUGUAUGUAAAUUGACAAUACUUAACUAUUAUUUUGUGGUUCUCAACCGCCAGAUACAUUUAAAAAGUUUGCUAAUGGUGUAAAGUACAAAAUAAAGCUAAAACAAAGUACUUUUGAGAGGAACGCCAAAAAGAGUUUAUGUUUUGAAUGCUUCUCUUCGCAAAUACACGAAAUAUUAGACAAAAAAUUGUCUUUUAAUCGCUCUCGUAUUAUUUUCUCUCGUAGAUCAAGCUACAAUGUCGAUAAGAGUGACGAGGUGUGUUUCAUAUCAGUAAUUAUAUUUCGGAGGUUGUGAGACUUGUGACUUCAAAUAACCCGAAAUUAUAUUGUUUUAGAUCAGGAUAAAUCAAGAGCUCGCAUUAGCUGGCGAGUUUCUUCAUCUUUUGAUCAUAAUACUGGGUGAGCAUUAG